CUAUCGCGUUCUGAUGUUCAAACAUUUACCGUACCUUUAUGUAAUUAAACAUUCACAAAAUGUUUUAACUGACUGAUAAUACGUGAUGGUAGACAGUUGUUCAGUGUAAGUGCGAUACAAAAAUGGGAAAGUUGCAUCAAGCCCAAACAAGCGUGGCGUGUUCCAUAGGGAAUAUGCUGGUUGGUCUUCUGUAUGUGUGGCCAUCAUACACGCUACAAUUGUACACAGACAAAAAUACAACUCUGCUUUCUUCACCGAUGACUGAAUUAGAGAGCUCCUUAGUAGGAAGUUUGCCUUCAUUAGGAGCGAUGGCGGGAACGGCGAUGAUUGGUUGGAUUUUGAGUGUCUUCGGAAGACAGAAGGGUGGAAUUAUCAUAGCUCUGCCACUUAUGAUAUCUUGGUUGAUGAUCGACCUGACAAGUUCAUCAAUUGUCAUACUUAUUGCGAGGUUCAUUGGAGGUACAUCUAGCGGUGCCAUUAUGGUUCACUCACCCAUCUUUAUAUCUGAAGUUGUUGAAGAAUCUAUACGAGGGACUUUGACAUCAGCACCGAUCACCUUCUACUGUUUAGGGGUCCUCCUUUCGUACCUCCUCGGAUGGUUUUUAACGUACAGGUAUAUUAUCUGGGCAAAUAUUAUUUGCUGUCUGAUCUACGUGGGCCUCAUGAUGACUAUUAACGAGAGUCCUGUACACCUAAUGAGACAAAAGCGGGAAGAGGAUGCUCGUUUGGCUAUCGCUCAUUACAGAGGAGCGUCGAUCUCAUCAAAAGUUGUGAUGGAAGAGUUUUCAAGACUAAAACAGCAGAUAACGCCUGCCGUGGAACUAAUAGCAGUUGAUUCUGAUGCUAAGGCUGAUGAAGCGGAAAAAGAAAAACUGAAUUUGAACAAUGACGAUGAGGAGAAUCCGAAAAUGUCAUCAUUCAAAAUGUUGUUCGUCUCCCCGUCAUCGCGACGAGCUUUCACCGUAGUUGGUCUCACGCUGUCUGUACAAGUGAUGAUGGGUAUGGUAGCGGUGCAGGUUUAUGCCAAGGACAUAUUUGGGAGUGCUGCACCCAGUCUCUCCUCACAUUUCUGCUCCGUGAUGUUUGCGCUGGUCCUCCUCUUUGGAAGUCUUUUAAGUGCUUUGUUUUCCGACAAAUUUGGAAGGCGGGUCCUUCUCGUAACCUCUUCAAUCGCUGUGGGCCUGUGUCUCGCAGGGAUGGGCGUACUUAUUCAGACCAGCAUUCUACCGCCAUGGGUGACAGCUGUGCUCAUAUUGCUGUUCUGCUUCUCUUUCAUGUUUGGCUCCGGGAGUGUACCAUACGUGUUGCUAGCGGAAGCUUUUAUACCAGAGGUACAAAGCCUCGCUUCCAUGCUGUUAAUGGAAUGGGUGUGGCUCCUCAAUUUCUUCAUCGUGGGUGUCUUCCCCUACAUGGUCAAAUUCUUCGGAGUCCACGGAUCUUUCUACAGUUUCGCUUGCUUCGCUGUUAUAGACACCAUCAUUGGCCUAUUUUUAGUGCCGGAAACAAAGGGACUCACUAAUGAACAAAUUCAGGAAACGUUUUUGAGGCGACGGAAAUGAGUUUAAUGGUAUUCUAAUAAUGAC